CUGAAGUGAAGAGCUCUGAGACGCUUUUUACGCUCUUUCUUUGGGAUUUCCCUCAGUGUCUCCACAGUCUUUUAUUUCCAAGCUCCGUUGUUUCGUCGAACAAACGACGUUUUUCUCUCUCUGUCAUUUAAUAGACUCUAUCUGCCGUGCGUUUUGGCGAGGAUGGCGGCGAUCAAGGCGCUUCAGCAGUGGUGUAAGGUUCAGUGCGAGGGAUACAGAGAUGUGACCAUCAGCAACAUGAGCACAUCUUUCAGAGACGGACUGGCCUUCUGCGCUCUCAUCCACAAGUUCAGACCGGACCUCAUAAACUUUGAGUCUCUCUCCAAAGACGAUGUGUAUUACAACAACCACUUGGCGUUCCUUGUGGCUGAAGAUCAUCUGGGAAUCCCAGCUCUUCUGGAUGCAGAGGACAUGGUGGCUUUGCCUGUCCCAGACAGACUCAGCAUCCUCACAUAUGUCUCACAAUACCAUAAUUACUUCCGCGGCCGCUCGCCAAUCGGGGGAGUAGGAGGUAUCAAACGGCAUGCUGAGGACUCAAAGGAGAUGCCAUCAGAGAAGAAGAAUCUGCCUGUGGUUGCCAAAAACCACAAUCUUAAAACAAACACAGAGAACCGUCCUCCUCAAACUGAAAUGCCAAAAAAUAUCAGAGACAACCGUCCUCCAUCUCUUAACAUCCAGAAAAGUGCUCCAGAGAAGCACAUUGUAGCUAUUUCAGCUCGGCAGACUGGCACAGACUGGCAGAAAUCUCCAGGGCCAAAAUGUGUGCAGGUGCCUGUCACUCCACUCAGAGUGAGAUCUCCACAGCCACACACAGAUGCUGAGAAGAAAGCUGUUUUGGUGGAGAAUUCAAAUAAAACCGGCACGUUGAACAGUGAAUGUGCGGUAUGUGGAAAUCAUGUACAUCUGGUCCAGAGACACCUGGAUGAUGGAAAACUCUACCACCGGAGCUGCUUUAAGUGUAGUGUAUGCUAUGGCACACUGAAAUCUGGGGCAUAUAAACUGGGAGCAGACGUUGGCUCACUGGUCUGCACCAUUCACCAACAUGGCCAAAAUGACUUCAAGCCUACUGUUAAGCCUUUUAAGAGCAGUGGCUUUACGCUUGCUGAUUUGGUACCCAAAUCUGACCGUGGAGAUCAGCCAUCUUCACAGCGCUACACCUCUGUAUUAUCUGCACCCAUCAAAGCUGUGCCCAGACCAGUGGAGCUCAGUCAUGCUCUGCAGUCGUGGACCGCAUCUGCUCAGAGGACUCAGGAAGCCAGGCAGAAGUUCUUCCAGUCCUGUGGUCCAGCAGCAGAGCAUCGGCCCACCACAAGACAGCAGUCAGGGCCCUCAGAGUCCUGCACCAAUCAGAACACGAGUCUGAAGAUGGAGGAGAAAGACAGAGCCAGUGCACUGACAAAUGGAAAACUAUUUGAAGGAAACACGAAUAACAACAAUGCGCUUAAUUCUGACCCAGGAGCACAGAGGCAGAUAAAAAUUAGAUUUACUUCUGCUGAAGUCUCUAGCUGGAAGCAGGAGUUACACGGACGAGAUGCAACAGGAAGUAGCUCAUAUCAGGCCACUUCAACCAGCUCUGCUAUCAGCAGUAGCGGCAUGAACACCAAAGUAUCCCUCUACCUCAGUGCCAUCAGCAAGGAGCGCAACAGACCUCCAUCGCUGCUGCUUUCUACUGCCAAAGGUGGUGUUCGCUCGCAGAUGACCUUUGCUUCCAAAGAUGCUCAGAGCUGCGAAGCCCCAACUGACUGGAGAUCAAAGCCAAAGGCAGCUCCAAAUGGACCAAGACUCAAAUCUCCUGAUAUUGCCAAGGAUGUCCUGUUGACUUGUGGAAAAAACAAAAGUGACCAUUGUUUGACAGCCCAAAAUGAUCCAGCCUCCACCAUAACGAACAGCUCUUGUUCUAAACGUGACUGUUCCUUGUCCUCAUGUAUCUUGUCCUCUCAGUCUUGUCACAAGCCUUCAUCUCCAAAACAACCUCGCCGUGGGUCGGCGACGUCAAGUUACGACAAUGGAAAUAUUUCAUCUAAAAAUGGCUUGCUGUGUGAAACAAGGUUGCCUACUAUAAAGCCUUGCUACAUCGCACCAGAUCAGAUCUCAAAAGAGUUGCAGGACAUUGAGAAUAAGCUGUACAAUCUGGAGAAUGAAGGGGUGGAGUUGGAGAGGAGACUUUGCAUUUAUGAAGAAGAGGGUCAUGGGGACCUGUUGUUGGAUCCCUUGAUGGUGGACUGGUUUAACCUGAUUCUGAAAAAACAAAGCCACAUACGGAGGGAGUCAGAGUUGAUGUACAUAGCAAGAACGCAAGAUCUGGAGGAGCAACAGCCUGGAGUAGAAGGAGAGCUCAGGAGAUUGAUCAGUAAACCAGAACAUUUCAAGACUCUGGAUGAGAAGAAGAGGGAAACUGAGCUGUUGAACAGACUGAUGAAGAUAGUGAAUGACAGGAACACUAUUGUUGAAGGGCUGGAGGAGGACAGGAUAAGGGAGGAGGAAGAAGAUCAAAAGUUGAAUGAGAUGAUGCAAAGACUGGGUCUUCAGAAGUAUAAAAACAAAUGCAAGCCAUCCUUCUCAAAGUUAUUUAGACGGAGAAGUAAAAAAGCCUCUAUGGGAUAGUGAAUUUGAGAGCUGCUGGAGUGAAGUAAUCCAGACGUUCUGCUGUAGCCUGUUGAAGUCCAGAUCUUUCCAGGUGACCUUAGAUGGUUUAAAACGAGGUGGGAUUAAUAUAACAAAUCUGUCAGGCAAUUAAGUGAGUUCGAGUUCUUGGAGCAAAAUAAUGUUCCGUUUAAACACUUUCCUUUUAUUCUUUUAUUUUCACUUAUUUGGUUAAGCUAAUACUAGUUCUAUUCAUUUGCUUUAAGUUAACAUAUUGGUCCUGUAUGCUUCUUUUGCCUUUACUUUAAAUGCGUGGGCUAGUUUGAAUUAUUAUUGUUCAAAAAACAUUUUUUAUUAUUUUCCUGUCGUCUUCCACCCCCUCACUUGUUCAGACAUAAACCGUAACUUAUAUUGGCAGAUAAACAAACAGAUGCCCAAGGCUGGCUGAAGCACGCUACUUGACUGUCAUCCAAGAAGCUGUGGAGCAUCUUAAUUUAACCCUAACUGCCUAAAAAGAAAAUGAUGAUAAUUGAACUGCUAAAUCUAGAGAUCUUGAAAGAUGCAGUGCAUGCAGUGACCUGAAGGGGCCACUAUGAGCUCACACAGGCAGAGUUUUCCAGUUUCUUAUUUUAUAUGCCUGAGAAUGCUAAAUCAAGCUGGAGAUCAGACAGCAGCUGAUCUUGUGUGCUGGAAAGGCAUGGAUUAUUGGUUUUAUUCUCUUUUUUUAAGUCCUAGUUCAAUUAAAAGUGUACCUCAUUUAAUUUACCUAAGAAAUAUAGUCUGUCCAAAGAUGUCUUUUACAUGGUGUUUAAAUAUGUCUGAAAAACCUACAGAAUGAAUGUUUUAAGUUUUAAAAGUUCUCUUGAGAGAUGCUUACAAAUGGAUGUGCUUAUUUAUUGUAUAUUAGACUUUUAAAAUGAGUCCCCAAUAAAUCUUAAUGAAGUUUCUUAUUGUACCCUAAACUAAUUCAGAGCUUUAUUUUAUUUUUAUGUAGGCUACAUCUGGCUUCAUGCUUACAUUCUCAAUUUCAGAUGUCUGCAUGUAAAUUGUGAAGCCCAAAAACCUAAAUGGGAAAAGCCCAUUUAUGCGGAAAUGGUCACAAUAACCAAAAUGCCCGGUUUAUUCCAGCCUUCCAGUCAGUUUACUUCUCGUUCUGAAUUAAAACGACACCACGCUCUCCGCCACAACCGUAAUUGUUGUCCCUAUCAUUGCUCAUGCUGUAAAACGUCCGUUUAUACAGCCAUCAUUUAAUAUGGGUUUUAGUAAAAUGCGUUAAGAUAAUUUACUCCCAUUUAAUAUCAUACCACUGCUUACAGGCCAUCCAUCCCCAAUUUAAGAUGCAUGAAAUUGUGAUCAUGAACUUGGAACACCGUCUCUCUCUAGCUGAGAGGAGCCGAGGAGGAUAUUGGUGCAGAACGCCACGCGUGAUGCAGGUGACAGUCGAGACUGAAUACGUGUGAUAUUCGAGUUAAUUAAAGCUUUGCGCCCCAUCUCCUGCAAAUGCUCGCACUCCUGCAAUUAAGAAUCAAAGGCGAGGGCUUAGUGUCAGGGGGUGUCUAAUACAUGGCUUUAACAGGAAUGGGACCUGAUUUGCCAAGCUUCUAGCGACAAGCAUUAACAACAGCCUCAAAUUAGGCGGACAUUAAUAUUCAUAAGUAAAACAAUUCGUCCUGUGAAUGGCUGAUGAAAUGAAAUUCUCCGAGGUGAGCGCUUGCGUCCACGCCGCCCGUGUCCAUCAAAAGAUGCCAUUACUGAUCAAGUGCUUAAUGUAUAUGAGCCGUCUGAUGAAAUUGAAGGGAUAAAGGAUGCUGGGGUUCGACUUGUUUGUCACCAGCCUGAUAUUUCAAAACCGGUCUGCCAGCUUAAAUGCACCCUCGCUAACCUCACGCAUGCGCGCGCUUGUCUCUCUUUCAGUGCAUAACUGAAUGGCAUUUACAUAUUUGCUUGAUCAAGGCCAGCUAAGCACAGGUCACUAACAGAAAAUGGAUUUGAAAAUGGAGUGUACUUAAGCGUUUUUUUGUGUGUUUUUGGUGGAAAGUGCGCUAAUGCGAUGCACAAGCUUUCA